UGUUUAUCAUUUUCCUCGCGGUGUGUAAUAAUUCAAUUUAACAACUCAAUGUGAGAACGACAUUUCUCAAAUCAAACAAAUUAAAUGCGCCAUCCAAUCAGAUGGGAAUCAUUUACGUACACAUGUAUACAUACACUUACAUUCAUUAAGCGUUAUCAAAAAUCGUGCAUACGCGUAUAAACGCACUUACCUCUACUUGGCUUACAUUCAAAGGUUACAUCAUUGGUGCAGUGCCGUGCUAUUGAGAAGCAUCUGCUGUGUGACCGCUUACAUCAGUACAGAUCAACGAACUGAGUUUAAAUAACCUACAUUGUUCGCUUCUUAUAUGAGAAGUUCAUAAAAAUAUAAUCGAAAGAAGUAAUAUCUAAUCUUUUAGUUCAAACAUAAACAUUCAGUCACAAAGAGAACCGUUUGCAGCUUCAGCCAAUUUUCAGUUAAGAGAAUAAAUUUUGACUUGCGGCUGUAAUUGCUUUAAUAUGUGCGACCAUGACGUUACCGGCAAAUUGCCUUAUAAACAACAUUGGAGUGAUAUGCCCAAUGAUUACCAACAACCUGAACAACAAAAACAGCCAUUAGACUCGGUAACACAUAUACAAAAGCAAUAUGAAAAUGAUAAAAAUGAGGAUGAAAUUGAAAGCUCGCUGGUGAGUUUUGGGGAAGAGGCGGCUAUUUCAGUAUGCCUAACAUCGCAAUCGGAGCGGUUGACGGUUUCUCGAUUAACGGGUGGUCACGACUUAGACAGCAACUAUUUACUGAACAGAAACAAUCAAAUACCUAAGCGAAAAAGAGUUCUGGGGAGGAUGACGAACAUUGCAAAGAAUCGAAACUUUAUAGUAGAUUUAUUGGCCAUAUUUUUUGGUAUCGGCACAUGGUUAGGUGUAAACGGUACCUUCAUUCAAGUGCCCUUGCUGGUUAAGGAAGCGCCGGAAAGUUGGAGUUUAGCAUCGUAUCUUAGUGUUGCUGUGCAAAUUGGCAAUAUAGGUCCAAUCACAUACACUUUAAUACAACAUUUCUCAAAGAAAAGGAUAAGCGAUGCACUUUUUAUUUAUAUAUUGUUGUCGCUUGGCACAUUGUCAGCUUUAUUCACCAGCUUCUUUUACGAUAAAACUGUGAUGAUAUUUGGCAAUGAGCGGAGCUUAGCUUUGUAUAUACUUACUUUUGUAUCCGCGCUUACUGCAUGCACGAGUUCGGUACUUUUUAUGCCCUAUAUGGGUCGCUUUAAGGAAAUGUACUUAGUGACAUACUUCGUUGGAGAGGGCUUAAGUGGCUUGUUGCCAAGUAUUGUAUCACUAAUACAAGGAAUAGGUGGCGACGCUGAAUGCAUCUUGGUAAACACUACCACAUCUGGUGAAGAGAUAUUUGAGAAAGUGAAUGCACCUGCACGUUUUAGUCCAUCGGAUUAUUUCCUUUUUAUAUUCGUUACAUUUUUAUGCAGUGUAAUUGCGUUUACAUUGCUCGAUCGCCUUAAAUUGGCCAAACGUGAAUAUGCUGCAGGUCAAAUCGAUUUUGGUAACAGUUAUAAAUAUGAAGAGAAAAACGCAACAAAUACUAUAGAUGUUAUGGCUAACGAUGCAUCAGAGAACCAGGAGAAAUCAACACAUAUUUCUUCAACAGAAUAUGUUGUGCUAUUACUGCUCAUUGGUUGUUUAUCAUUCAUGGCCAAUGGCAUGUUUAAUUCUAUACAAUCAUACUCAAGUUUGCCAUAUGGAAAUUCAGCGUACCACUUGUCGGUAACAUUAAGUGUGAUUGCUAACCCUGUAGCGUGUUUCUUGGCAAUUUUUUUGCCACAUACAUCGUUGCGGCCUAUAUAUGUAUUGUGCAGCUUAUGCGCCAUUUUAACUACCUAUGUUUUCGUUACUGCUUGCAUGAGUCCAUUACCACCGUUACAUGACACAGCCAUUGGAUCGACUUUAGUGAUUAUUACAUGGACUCUACUGAUCGGUUUAGUAAGCUAUACCAAGUUAUCUAUUUCGUCAAUAAUGCGUGCCCAGGGUGGUCGGUCACUGGUGUGGACUGGUGGUCUAACUCAAAUUGGUGCUUUAUUAGGUUCGGUGCUAAUAUUUAUUUUAAUCAAUAUUACUAAAAGUUUUGAAGAACCAACGGCUAGUGAAUGCUGAUAAAAGACAAAAAACUAUAUACUUACAUAUACAUGGCAGGAAAUGUACUUACAUACAAACGAGCAAAGAAGUACAACUUUUUUAGAUAUAAUUUAAUUGUUUGUUGACAUCAGUUUAAAUGUUUUUGCCAACAAACAGUAAAUACAUUAAGAAGUUAGCUAAAAAUAUGAGAAAGUGCAUUUAUACAAUAAAAAUUAUAUAAACCUACAA